AUUCCAUGAAGCGGAAGUACUUUAUUUUGUGUCGCUGAGGAAACCUUGAUCAGACACGUGCACACAGCAUUUAUCAACUGGUGGCUAUAUAGCAUUUUUGCAAGUGGGACACCUGUGUAGAAUGUGUUUUGGAAGCGUUAAACUCAGAACUCGUAUGAGGACGAUAAAGGAGAUAUCCAAUGUGGAUUGAUUGAAGUCCCAUCUUUGGAAGACCUCUUAGAGGAAGAACUGCCAGGAACAGAAGGAUGAAAAGGAAAAGGAGAAAGAAGAAUGUUACAGCAGCAGAGGCCAUGGGAGGGGAGGAGGACCCAAAAGAAGAGGCCCACCAGGGGCCUAGCACCUUAGCUGAUGUGAGGGAGGAAUAUCGUCCACCUGUGGAGGAUCUGGGAGUUAGUGAGGAGGAAGACCUGUAUCGAGGAGCUGAAGAUCUCCCCCAAGGGCCAGUCAAACAUGCAGGAUCGGGGGCACUGUUUGAAAGCACAUUUCCGAAGGCUGAGGACCGAUGCAGUCUGGAGCCGAUGCUGGAUAUUCUGUCCUACAGUGAGAGUGAGUGGAAGGGAAACACUACCAAAAGUACCCUUAUUAGAAAGGGUUACACUAAGCUGUCUCAGAGGUUUGAGAGCCUGAGACGGGUGAGAGGCGAUAACUACUGUGCCCUCCGAGCCACUCUUUUCCAGGUGCUCUCCACCAGCACCCAGCCUCCUGUCUGGCUGCAGGUCGAACACAUCUCCACGUGGGCGGAGGAGCUGGAGGCACGUGAGGGGCUGAUUGGCCAGUGGAUGUUCCCCUCGGAGUGCAGACAGGGGGAUGGGAGCGAAGACGCCGUCCAACAGCUCAAACGCUAUAUGGAACUCCUCCAGAACAGGUGGCAGGCGGCGGUGGGCUGCUCCAGCAUGGAGGAGAGACAGCGGUUGUGUGAGAGUGUGUUCCAGGGAGGGGAGGAGGAACUGGGGCUGCUGGAGGCCCUGAAGCUACUCAUGCUGGUCCGGGCGUCGGAGUUCCAUACCACCAUGCAAGAGGGAGGGGACGUGCCCGUCUUUUGCUGGCUGCUCUAUGCACGCGACUCUUCCGACUGCCCACGCACAUUCCUCUCCAACCACCUGAGUCGAGUGGGUUUCAGCGGGGGUCUAGAGCAGGUAGAGAUGUUUCUGCUCGGAUAUGCCUUGCAGUGCACCAUCCAGGUCUACAGGCUGUACAUGACAGACACCGAGGAGUUUGUCACCUAUUAUCCUGAUGACCAUAAGGAAGACUGGCCUUGUGUGUGUCUGGUCACAGAGGAUGACCGCCACUACAACGUCCCAGUGGGCCAGCACAAUGGACUCCAAGUCCCAGAAGACGUCACUGCUAUCCCAGAGGACGUCCCUCCAGACUGUUUGGACUCUAAGUCCCAGGCUGAUUGCCACUGAAGAAAAAGCUCAUGGCAUGCACACAGGGCCAUAAUGUCAGAAGGCUCCUCAGGUUGACUGGAAGAAGACUAAUGCUUAUUGACAGUUUACACUUAGUUAAAAAUAGCUUUUGGAGUAUGACUACGGCAGAAUGACAGGUUUUUACCUUGUCAGCACGGGGAUUCGAUCUAGCAACCUUUCGGUUACUGGCCCAACGUCAGAUCACACAAUACCAUCGCGAUGCAUUUUAAUAUCAGGUGUAAAUGGUGUCUGUCAGAUGUCCACUUGCAUGAGAGAUGGACACUUAACCAUCCUGCAAAAGGUGACCAGAGCAAACUACAGUAAGCAGAAGUUGAAACCUCACAGCACGUCAUUUAAAAUAGAACAGAUGACUACUACUUCAUGUUAAGGGUUUAACUUUGACAUUGUUUGACACUGAAACCAUUUUGAUAGCAGUUUUUGCUGUGACAUUUAAAAAAAUGUAAAACAUGAUAUACCGGUACACUUGCAUUUUGAGACAAUCGUAAGGUUAGCACUAGCAAUAACGUAUUUGAAGAUGGGCUUAAACUAGAAUACAGAGGAGAUUGUUUGAUCAUUUGUCCCUGUGUCAAAGGCAUGCCUGGGCUCUGCUUUUGCCAUUAUGCACUUGACUGAAGGUGUGAUCUUUUUUUCGAUAUGUAACAUGUUGCCUUUAACCAAGGUGCUCUUGGAGAAAAACAUUGUGCGUUGUUGCAACAUCCAGAUACUGGCAACUGUUUCCAGGUUCAUUGUUAAACCACCAGCCUCAGUUGGGUUCCAGAUAGGAAACCUGGCUUGGUCCUCCAUGUUGCCUUAAGUUAUUUAUCCGCAAUAGGGGUGAAGAUUGGCAAUUGCUGCCCAGAGACCAUUUAGCAAGGAAAGAUUAAGGUAACACUGAUUAUACCACUUGGGUAAAUGCUUUUCUACAUUGUUCAAUUUCUUUUUUUAUUCACUGUGUGUCAAUGUUUCAAUAGUCUUCUAUUAUUUUGAUCUAUUUAUUGGCCAAAUAAGAUGCCUUUAAAAUAUGAAUAAAAUGGCUAAACUUGUCAAAAUAAAAUUCAGAGUUCAGCACGAGAAAUAGUAGGCUGUAUAGAAAUAAUUAUACUCAAAUUAAAUUAAUAAAAUAAUGAUUUCUA